AUGCCUGCCAUAGUCAACCUCCUUUUCAACAUGGUCUCCACCAACACCACCAUCGCCUUCACCGUGGUCCUCCCCAUGGUCAGCCUGGUGUCUCUCGUGGUCGGGGUCGGAGGUCACCUCCUGCUGUGGCUGGUGCUGGUGAGGAACCCCCGCAGUCGCUCCAAGCCAAGCUCCCUCCUGCUCCUCAACCUCAGCCUGGCGGACCUGGGCGCCCUGUUCACCCUGCCCUGCGUCCUCCUGAGUGCAAGCUUCCAGGACUGGCAGCUUGGUGGCGGGACCUGCGUCCUCCUGGGCUUCAUGACCUCAGUGACGGUGGGAGCUGAGAUCUUCAGCCUGGCAGCGCUGUCGGUGUUGAGGUAUCGUAUUGUGGCACAGCGGACGAGACCGCCUGCUAGCAUGAUACAAGUGUUAUGCACCGUUGUGGCUAUUUGGCUGGUCUCAGUAACCAUGGCUCUACCCAAGGUCACCUACAUCGACUUCGAUAAGGGUUGCACGUGGUCAGUGGGCCGAGACGAGUGGCUCUUCUUCCUGGUCCCUGCGUUCCUGCUCUAUUACGUGGCCCCUCUCCUCUGUAUCGCCCUCAACUGUGGCCUCAUCAUCUCUCACCUCCACAGCUGCAGGGGCACUCUGGCCGCCGACAGGCGCAACAAGAAGGCCACCGCUCUGCUGAUUGGUUCAAUGCUGGUUUUUGCAAUUAGCUGGCUGCCUUAUUAUGCACUUGAGUUUGUCAAUGUUAUGUCCCCUCAUGUCAACUCAGCCGCUUCUCCCAUAAACAGAAUCGGGCAUGAGCUCUCCGCCACUUUGUCGCCACCGCAUGUGACAUUCACCUCGACCGGGCCCAGCAUGGGAACUGAGACGACGGUGUCCCUGCUGUGGGAAGUGGCGUCCCUGACGGCCAUUUUGUUGGUGUGUCUGGCUCCAUGCUGGAACCCGCCUUUGUACUUCCUGUUGUCUCGUCCAGCUGUGCGCCAGCUCCGAGCUCUGCUGCCUUCCUUUUUUCAAAAGCACAUGGGCAACAAACCGGCGCAGCGCUGGCGUAUUGCCCCCGCUCCUAACUCACACCUGCCACAGCCACAGCCUCCCCUACAGUCAUUCACUCACCAAACCCUGACACGCAGUCUGACUCAGUAAAGUUAAACACUCAAAACAUAUCCCCAUGACAUAUUAUUUAUAUUUGCCAUCACAUCACAAAAAAAACAUACAUCUAAACAUGUGAGUCAUGGGUAUUUGUCUCAGCAUUUCAGCACUUCUCAGACAUAGCCAUAUGAGCUUUGCUUUUGCAAAAUGCAGUAAAUAUAUACAAAGGCUCCAGGCAACAGUGUGCGAGCCUCUCAGACAGAUGACUGUGUCAUAAACAGAACGCAUUAUGUGCCAUAAAAAACACAAGGUUUAUAAUCCUCAUCACCAUUCCGGAUUCUCUCAGCAACUCCCUGUCCCUGCAGAGGAGGAGCGCCUCACAUUCAGAGCCAUUUAGGAGAACAUUUUUGUGCAGAGCAAAAGAGUUUUCCUUAAUAUCAAAGAGCAUUAUCUUUCAAAUCGAGGUCACUGGGACCAUGCACAAAUCUUAACAGCCUUUUUCAGGGAGUGAGGGACGUCUGCUGAACCCGCAUUGAACCACCCAAGCACACGUAAACCAAAUCCCCAGUGGAGCUUUUAAACAGCCAUCCCUGAACUGCAUUAAAGAGAGCGUCCGAUAAGUAUGACAUAUAGCAUGUGUACAGUAUGAGAAGAGCCUUGCCUCCAUAUAGUGGAGUGUCAGUACACUCCAUCUUGUAGAUUACGUCAAGAAAUACAACCUUGUAUCUCUAUGACUAAGCCGUCUGGCAGGGUAAAAACACAACAGGGACACAGAGCGCCAUGCCCUUCUCCCUGUAAAGCUCUUGGCUGCAACAUUAUCAAAAUUCAAUGUCAUCUUAAUAACCCCGGUGAAAAAAAAGACCUCUUUGACUUAUGAGAAGCGUUAAUACAAGCUGAUUUGUUUUGUUCUGAGCUUGAAUGCGGAGAAGUGCUUAUUAAAUAGGGAUUUGGCACAAAGGAUCACAUCAGGAGAUGACGGCAUGUGAAAAUGACUUCUUAACAAGUGGAGCCCAUCUGCAUCCGGAGAGGUUUUAUAUCACACAUGUAAAGGGUAUGUCAUGUACUUCCAGAGGACAGGGGCUUUGUUUGACAAAUUGGCUGCGGGCGAGUAAUUGGAUUUCUUUGUUGUCAGGCUAUUAAUACAGAGAUGUAAAGCUGUGAUUCAAAUUUAUUGGGAUGUUGGAGUCACUCGAGGUGCCCUGAAAUGUUGUAUAAUGGGUUUGUUUUGCAACUAAAAUGGAAAAAACUACAACACAAUAGCAUUUUUACAGCAAUAGUUGGUGUUUUUCAUUUUCUUGCUAAAAGAUGAUUCUGACCGCUUGCACAUUAGUUGUUUUUUUGAUUUUUUUUUUUAAAAAUGAUGCUACAGACGGCAGGCUGUUAUCUUAUAUUAGCACAAAGACAGGAACGAGGGGGAUAACAAGUACAUAUCUGAGUGAAAGACCAACCUUAAAAAAAUUGUCCACAGGCUUCUGUAGGAGAGAGACGGGAAUGGUUUAACUUUUCAAUAUCACAUUACAAUCCGCACACAAAAAGUGAUUAAUACAUGUAAACUGCUACAGAUAAAAAGAGACCUUUUAAAUAGUUAGUUCUUUUUUUUUUUUCUUUUUUUUUUCAUAAAAUAUGACUACUUGUGGUUUUACAGUGGGUUGUGUUUCAGACAGUUUCUUGACCCGAAGCAGUGACUUCCUGGAGUCUCUUCAUUGCCGGACUUUGCAGAUUUUCUCACUCCAGUGUCGUACUUCAGUGUUCUGUGGUACAAGGCACAUAAACGUAGGCAACCUGACAAAUUAUUAUCAUAUAGUGCUUCCAGGUUUAUAAGUAACUGUAGAGACAAUGUAUAGUUUAAUCCAGGGGGACAUUGGAGCCUACUUCAACAAAACUAAAACAACAGCUUUAAUAACGGAUUAGCUUCCAUCAGACAACAGCCAUCAUUGGCAUUCAACCACAGUCUAGCUAAUGUCACUGUUGGAUAUGAUACUGUUGACACCUCAUGAUUAGGAAAGGCCUAAACUAAUUUGAGAAAUAUCGACACACAUCUUGGAGACAUCUCCCUCAACAUGAAAUUGAAAUAUUGGACAUUAUCAAGUUGUAAUGUUAGCUAAGAGGUUGUUGAAUGCUAGCAUCAGCUAACGAGUUACCAAAUGUGUUGUUUUACCUCGAAAUAUGUCCAAAUAUGCCUCCAGAUUUGUACUAUGAAUCACCCUUUCAGUUGCAGAUUAACUGGGAUGCUAUUCAAUGACAGCCAUUUGUCAGAUUACCUUUAUGUUCAUAUGACUUUCAACGAAGAAAAGGGCUGUCAUGUGAGGUCUAUCCUUUCCUCUGUUUCCUGACUUUAAAUAAACUAAGCUAAGCUAAGCUACGAUUCAUAUUUAGCAAACAGUUAAGUUUGUAUAAGAUAAGAA